UAAACCGUGUGAAUAUGCUUGUUGCUGUAUACACUCGUAUUUUGCUUCCUAUAGUUUCGUUCCCUGCGAUAAAGCUUUUUUCACUUCAUACUACAAAGGUCUUAUCCCCUCAUAAAACAAAAUUUUCAUUUAAAAAUUUAUUUUAUUGACAAUAGGGUGCAAUCUUAAGCUUAUAAAGUGCAAAAUUAUGUUGUAAGCAUUUAUUUUUGACAAUUGCAAAUUGGUGAAUGAUGGUUUCGGGACUUUAUACGACAGCACCACAAGAUAAAAAAAUGAACACUAUGCCGUCAAGUGCACCAACUUCUGCAGAUGCUUGCUUGAGCAUUGUGCACAGUUUAAUGUGUCAUCGUCAAGGAGGUGAAUCAGAAGGAUUUGCAAAACGAGCAAUUGAGUCGCUAGUUAAGAAAUUAAAAGAGAAACGAGAUGAAUUGGAUUCAUUAAUUACAGCAAUCACAACAAAUGGAGCACAUCCAUCGAAAUGUGUUACAAUUCAGAGAACAUUAGAUGGACGUCUUCAAGUUGCUGGUCGAAAAGGAUUUCCUCAUGUUAUUUAUGCACGAAUUUGGCGUUGGCCAGAUCUUCAUAAGAAUGAGCUGAAGCAUGUUAAAUAUUGUCAGUUUGCAUUCGAUCUUAAAUGUGAUUCAGUGUGUGUCAAUCCUUAUCAUUAUGAGCGCGUCGUUUCGCCAGGCAUCGACCUUUCUGGAUUAACUCUUCAAGCUGGUCCAAGAAGUAUUGUAAAAGAUGAAUAUAGUGCCGGGACAUCGAUGGUUGGAACAUCAAAUAUUGAAAUGGAUGCAAAUGAAAUUGGGACAAUCCAGCAUCAUCCGAUUCAUAUUAACAUGGGAUAUUCAACCAUGACGAUGCAUCAAACACCCGGAUCUGGUGAUACAAAAAAUGCAUCCAUUAUUUAUCCACAACGAGUGGUGCCAAAGGUAGAACCCAAUAGUGAUCCACAAGUAAGAAAUCAAAUUUGGGGACCACCGACAGCACCACCUCAACAACGUUUGCCACAUCCUACUACACAUAUUCUACCAGUAAGUAGUCCUGAGAAUGCCAUUUUACAACAAAAGCCAACAUCAUCUACUCAAACAUCACAGCAACAACAACAACAACAACAGCAACAGCAGCAACAACCUCAAAUUCCACCGCCUGGACUUUUGAAUACCGUUGCUAACUCGCAAGCAUCCACAAAUCAGCAACAAACACAAGAACAAAAUUACUUCACAUCAUCAACUGAUACUCAAAUUAAUGAUUCCCAACAAAAUGCUUCCGUUGCUGCAGCAUCUCCUGUCCAAAUGUCACAAAAUGGAUAUGCUGUCAGCAUAAAUAACUCAAAUGUUCAACAAACACAGUCUUUCACACAACAGCAAUGUAUUGGGGGUCAAGCAGCAUGGACUGCACGUGGAUCGAACACGCUAACUUACACGCAGUCAAUGCAGCCUCCUGACCAUCCUAAUUCAAGGGCUAUGAAUCAAACUUAUUGGCCACCAAUGCAAGCAGAAAUGACAGGACAGCAACAACGAUUGUCUCGUCAGCCAGCACCUGAAUAUUGGUGCUCAAUUGCCUAUUUUGAAUUAGACACACAAGUUGGUGAAACAUUCAAGGUUCCAUCAAGUAAACCUCAUGUUACCAUUGAUGGAUAUGUUGAUCCAUCCGGAGGCAAUCGCUUCUGUUUGGGUGCAUUAAGUAAUGUCCAUCGUACAGAACAGAGUGAAAGAGCACGUUUGCAUAUUGGAAAAGGAGUUCAAUUAGACUUACGUGGUGAAGGUGAUGUUUGGCUUAGAUGUUUAAGUGAUCACUCAGUGUUCGUUCAAAGCUAUUAUCUAGAUAGAGAGGCAGGAAGAACUCCAGGUGAUGCGGUUCAUAAAAUAUAUCCAUCAGCAUGUAUUAAAGUAUUUGAUCUACGUCAAUGUCAUCAACAAAUGCAAUCAUUAGCAGCUAAUGCACAAGCAGCAGCAGCAGCUCAAGCAGCCGCUGUAGCCGGAAUUCCUGGACAUGCUGUUCCACCGAGAAAAUUCAAUUUAGAUUUAACUGCGGCAGCUGGAAUCGGGGUCGAUGAUUUAAGACGUCUGUGUAUUCUUCGCUUGAGUUUCGUAAAAGGAUGGGGACCAGAUUAUCCACGUCAAUCAAUUAAGGAUACACCGUGCUGGGUCGAAGUUCAUUUACAUCGCGCUCUUCAGCUUCUCGAUGAAGUACUACACAAUAUGCCGAUUGAUGGACGUGAUUAAAUUAUGAUAAAAAAGAAAAAAAAAAUAUAACUAUUAAAAAAAAGUUGACAGUGCAAAUGACAUUUUAAAAAAUGUAAUACAGAGAGAUUAUGAAGUUAGUUGCUUCUAGCAAUGAUAAAAAAAGUGGUUUAUAUUUUUUCUAAUGCCUCAUUCUCAUCAUGUUGAGAUACAAGAGAAGGUGAAUAUUAAAGAAAAAUUAAUAUUAAAUGAUUUAUAAGAGAGAAUGUCCUUUACUUAAGCAUAUAAAACAAAAAGAAACAUUUCUUUUGCUUCAAAACUUACUUUCUAUUCUUCAUCUUAAAAAUUAAGAGAUUUUAGUUUUAAUUCCUUUACUUCCCCUUUUUCAAUGCUUAUGAAGAAAAAAAAUAAUUGUGAGAAAAAAAACGACAAAAAAAUCUUAAAAAAUGUAGACAUUAGUGUGAAAACUUUAAUUUUGUAAUUUAGUGAUGACAAAGAGAAAAAGAAUCAAACCUCAAUCUUCUGUCAAGUCCCAAUUUAUUUAGCUAUACAAUCUUGAGUGAAUCAAAAAGUUUUAAAGUGCAUUUUUAAAUGCUACAUAGAUGCCAUAAUAGAUGCAAUAUGCGUUCAACAUGUCAAUGAUCAUAUUUUAUAGAAAUUACAACAUAUUGUUCUUUAACAGUAACCUAAUGUCUGGACAUAUUGUUCUUUAAAGGUUACCUAAUGUUCUUGGAAGGAAUGUCUAUGACUCGAUAGAGUUUUGAUUUACAGAAUUAAGACUAAUGUUAUCGUGGGAUCAAUCCAACAAAAUAAGUUUUGAUCUCUAGAAUUCAAACUCUAACUGAAAGUACUUAAAGAAUGCUACUGAAAUACAGUUCUGAUUUAAUUUAAUUCAUAUUUUGUAAUGUUGAAAAUAUUCUUUAAAUCAUUUAAAGAAUACUUUCGACAUUACAAAAUAUGAAGCUUCAAGAAUAUCUUAAUAAAUGAACAAAUCAAGAUAUAUAGUAAGCUCAUACAAAGUAUACUCGACCUUACUAUAUUUUGUAUACACUAAUACAAUACUCGAUUUUCAUGUUUUCAUUCAAAUAUCGAUAAAUGCAUCACUAUUCGACUUUAGUCAGAUUCUUUAAUUAAAAGUAAAGCAUUUGAAAUGCUCCUGUACCAUCAAAACUUAACAGAAUGUUGAAAAAUUUGUAAAACAAAAAUUGAAAAUUUUCUUUCAUAGUGUUAGUGUUAACAGAAAAUUCAAAUUUUUGACCGUUAAAAACUAUAAUUUUUUGGAUGAUCUCAUCUUUAUAACUAAGGACAAAGAAUGAAACCAAUAAAAUUACAGUUCAAAUAUUUGAACCUUAUUUACUUUACGAUUUCUGAUCCGACUGUAGAACGCCAGGUUCUAACAUACAAAAGAUAACCAUAGUGUCUGUCUGAAAGAACAUAAUUUAAUUCAAAUUGGAUUGUUGUGAUCCAAAUUAGUCAUCAAAUUUAUUUUAAAUAAUACUUUGAGAUUAAUUGCUUUAAGCAGACAUUCAGUAACAGAUAGACCCAACGACUGCAAACAAAGAAAACUUCAGUUAGAUUCGAAAAAUUCAAACUGAAAUUCGAAAAAUUUCGAACUGUUUCGAACUAUAAAUUUUUUUAAAAAAUAAAUGAUCGUUAGGGAAUUAAUAAAAAUAUAUUUAUUUUGGUUAUUUUUUGAAGCAAAAUUAUUCCUUUUAUGUACCAAUCGACUUUGAAAUUGUAAUUUUACUCUAAAUUCAACAAAAACUUUUAAUAAUUUAUCAAUUGUAUCUUCACAAUGUUCAAAAUCGACUUCAAUUUGUGCAAUUGCUGUAUUGAUGAAUUUCUGGUUAAAGGAAGGAUCAGAACACAAGGUAAAACAAUUAAGCUGUCAAUUCAUAAAUUCAAGAAUACACAAGAAAUAUAUUUUUUCACAGCAAUAUUCAAUAUUAUGCAAUUUAAGAAAUUCAAUCCACUUAUCUUUAUGCACAGAGCUUUUUGGAAGUUCAAGCAAAGGUAUUUUAUUGGUUUUCUUUCCUUUACAACCAGUAAUUACACAAUUUCUGACCAUUUUAAAAAAAAUGAAAUCUUAUAAAUUCAAUAAAGACUAAGAAAUGCAAACAAAUAUUUUCAACGGAAAUUUUAAAUUCAAAUCAAGUUCGAAAAUGAAGUACCUAUUUCCGAAAAUGAGUUCUUGUUUGCAGUCGUUGGAGAUAGACAAAUGGCAUUUAAAUUAAAAAUUAAGCCAUAAAACAUUAAAAUAAUGAACAUUUAAAAGUUUUGAUUCACUCAAAACCAUAGAACAGUUGCUCCUUUUUUCAAAGGGCUUAAGAUUUUUUUUUUAAAUUCGAUCUAAGUGAAAUAGUAGAUUUUACAUAUUGGACAAUUUUUAUACAAUUAUUGUAACCACAAUUGACGAUAGUUUCUUUCUUUCUUAACAAUUUAGUUUCAUUUCAAGUAAUAAAAAAAAAGUAAAAAAGAGACGAUAAAUAUAUUUGGAUGCAUGCAAUUCUAAUUUUAUACGAGAUGAAAAGAAGUAAUAUAUAUUAAAAAGAGAGCAAAAAAUACAGAAGAAAUUAUUAAUAUUGUCAUGGCAGUAAAAAAAGAUUUGAAAUAAAAAUUCAUUAAAAAUUGAGAAAAAAAAUAAAAGAAGUCCUCGUGUUAUUGAUCGAGGGACUUAAGCGCAUUCUUGUGGCAGCGAUCAGUAUUUGAUCAUCUUAUUAUUU